UCAUGAACGGGGGGAUCCCGGCUCGAGUGUAGUCACAGAGGAUCGACGGCACCGUCGAUCUUCUUCUCACGGUGAUUGUCACGCGCGCUGUGAUGACGAUUAGUACGGCAACCAAGACGAUGCCGCGAGCUCGGAGCAACCUGAACGGAGCCUCCGUCGCAGCCUGAACGAGACGUAGACGCUUCGCGAUCUCUCUGCGCUUUCCUCCUUUCCGUCGAGACGCCGCACCAAGCGCUCCCGGGCGCAAUGGCAGCUCACAAGACGGGCGGGCAGAGCGCCCGUAAGAAAGUACAGGUGUCUAUGGUCAUAAGAGACGAGGUGGAGAAGCAGCACAGGGCCGGCGUUAAUUCCUUGCAGUACGAUCCGGCUCUGCACAGGCUCUAUUCCGCUGGUAGAGACAGCAUCAUAAGGAUAUGGAAUUGCAGGAACAUGAAGGAGCCAUACAUCCAAUCCAUGGAGCAUCACACGGAUUGGGUUAACGAUAUAGUGCUAUGCUGUAGUGGCAAAAAUCUUAUAUCCGCAAGUUCCGACACCACAGUCAAGGUGUGGAAUGCGCAUAAAGGUUUCUGUAUGUCCACUCUGCGCACGCAUAAGGACUAUGUCAAAGCGUUAGCGUAUGCCAAAGAUAGAGAACAAGUCGCUAGUGCGGGUCUGGACAAGUCGAUAUUUUUGUGGGAUGUUAAUACAUUGACUGCUCUCACUGCGAGUAAUAACACAGUCACAACGUCGUCCUUGAGUGGAAACAGAGACUCUAUAUAUAGCCUCGCUAUGAAUCAGAUCGGCACCAUUAUUGUCAGCGGUAGCACCGAGAAAGUUCUUCGGGUGUGGGAUCCGCGAUUUUGUACCAAGCUCAUGAAACUUCGUGGUCACACGGACAAUAUUAAAGCACUAGUUCUCAACAGGGAUGGGACCCAGUGUUUAUCAGCGAGUUCCGAUGGCACUAUUAAAUUGUGGUCACUUGGCCAACAAAGAUGCGUGCAAACAUUUAGAGUUCACAAAGAAGGCGUAUGGGCGUUAUUGGCAACGGACAAUUUUAGCCACGUAAUAUCCGGAGGCAGGGACAAGAGGGUGGUGAUGACAGAGUUGAGCUACGCGGAGAGGUAUACAGUUAUUUGCGAGGAGAAGGCACCUAUACUCAAAAUGGCUAUGACGCCGGAUCAAUCGAGUAUUUGGGUUGCCACGAGCGAAUCGACCAUUAAUAAUUGGCCAAUAAGCCAAAAAGAUUGGCAGGAAUUAGGAAUCGGAGAUUGUUGCGAUUCCACAAGUACUGUACCGGGCAAUAUUUUAAGGAACAUUGAACCUGCACAGAAGAUACUGGGUGGUCCUGCCAUAAGGCAUUAUCAUAUAUUAAAUGACAAAAGACACGUGUUAACUAAGGAUACGGAAGAGACUGUCGCGCUAUAUGAUGUAUUAAAGGCAUGUAAAAUGGAAGAUUUAGGCAGAGUCGAUUUUGAGCAGGAAUGUAAAAAGAGAAACAAAAUGGUGUAUGUUCCAAACUGGUUUAACGUCGAUCUCAAAACGGGGAUGUUGACUAUACAUUUAGGACAAGACGAAAACGAUUGCUUCUCUGCAUGGGUUUCGGCCAAAGAGACCGGUCUAGCGGAGAACGACGCUGUAGAUCAAAAAGUGAAUUAUGGGAACCUUCUGCUGCAAGCGUUACUCGAACACUGGUGGAGACCGUUACAUGCCGACGACGAGAACGAGGGUAACGGUAAUGACGGAAACGGUCCUAUGCACACGAGAGGAGGGAAUCCAUACUUUUCAGUUCCUAGUCAUACACCUGUCAUCUUCAGCGAAGUGGGGGGUAGAACCAUCUAUCGACUAUUGGUUCGAGAUGCCGCGGGAGAAACUGAGGGUGUCCUAUUGAACGAGACCGUACCGCCAUGGGUGGUGAAUAUCGUAGUGGAUAAGAAUCUUCCACAAUUCAUUAAAAUACCCUUCUAUCUUCUUCCACACGCUUCUUCGGGUGUAAAGAGUUUGAAAAAGGAUCGUUUGAUAGCAAAUGAUUUUAUACAAGUACGUAAAGUGGCCGAGCAUGUUUACGACAAAGUGCUCGGUGCGGGAAGCGACUCGGGUUCGGUGGCUGGUGGUGGAAAUACUGUUUCCAGCGGAUCCCCGGCUGGCGAUAGGACCAACACAGACUCCAAUGCUGAUAAUUCUUCGCUGGCCGAGGAAAAAGUUGAACUCUUGUGUAACGAUCAGGUCUUGGAUCCUUCGAUGGAUUUGAGAACAAAUAGUGGAAAAUACAUGGGCUACUUGCAGAAUAUGGUACCGUGUACCACCUUCUUCUUAGGAAAUGAUCACCUGGAUUUAACGGAUGUUUCAUGUGACGUUGAGGCGGAGGCUAAAGAAAGCGAGGCGUAUCUGGAGUAUUAGGACAUAACGUAAAGUUCUAAGGCAAUAAUGUGUGGAAGUAUUAAUUGUAAAUUGCUCACUUUUAUACACUUGCAUCCUGCGGCCAAAUUCACACAACAGAGAGCAUUACUCGAUCUGCUUGAGAAUAUCAUGCUUUUUGUACCUGGAUAUAGAAUUUUAAGUGCUUCUUGUCAGCCAUAUAUCGUCUUCCCACUUUAACAGUAUCAAUAAGAUCGUAUGGCACAAAUGCAGCAAAGAAAAGGGGGAUAGACUGCAUGGCCGAGGAAAUUCUUCAUUUCGUUAGGUCUAAUGGGGCCCAGGUGAUCCUCACAAAUGCUUCUCAAAGUUUCUUUAUUAAUUCUAUUUUAGCAUAAUCAGUACAUAGGAUUGUCUUCUUUUAGUAUUGUAAUAAAAGUAUUCAAUAUUUAUUCAGAGUAUAAGAAAUUAUACAGUACGUUUUGUUAUAUGCAUGCAUGCAAAAUGUGUACUCCACACCUGCCUUGUUAUAUUAGAGAGCGAGAAAAAGGAAAAAAAUUAUAUAUAUAUAUAUGAAAGAGAGAGAUAUGUCAAUUUACCAUUAAUCAAAUUAUAUUUGAAUAGCCAAAUUAGAAGUUCAAUAUUUCCUAUUGUUCAGAUAGGAAAUAAGAGAAUGUAUUUGUCUGCGAUGUAAUAAGGUCAAAUUCUGUCAUGAUCAAAGCUAGUAAGAUAUAAAUGUGAGGCAUAUACAUUUAUUUAAAACCAAAAAAUUAAAUUUGUAAGAUACCAUUGAUAAUAUAUAUGUAUAUAUCUGUCCAAGGAUAUACAGUAUUCAACAGAAUUUGAUCUUUGAGAAAAUUUAUGAGUAAAAAAUAUAGUUGUUUUUAAGUUAACAUUCGAGUUUGUCUAGAUUAUAAACUGUGUAUAUACAAACACGACUGUGAAUAAUGUCCAUUAAUAAUAAUAGUAUGCCAUGUGAAUAAAAAUUUAACAGAUCUUAUUGUGCAAACAACUCAGAGCCAAUAAUAUUUGCUAUUACUGCAAAGAGUUAAAUUAUCAGGAAAGAAAUUUUACUAGUUUUAAUAUACUCUGUGAGAUACAAUAUUGCUUGCGUUUUCAAAGUUAUGGGUACAUGAGCGCAAUCUUAAUAAUUGUAAAUAAUAUUUUGUUAUUUUAAUUAGAUUACAAUUUUACCAAGCUUGGAUUUACCUCGAUUUGGUAAUGCUAAUGUUUACGUACAUUAGGAAUUAUUUGCUGUCGCUUGUUUUCGUUUUCUAUCCAAAUAUAUAUUUUUAAGACACUGAAAGAGAGAGAGAGAGAGAGCAUUUCUCAAUUGAGUGAAGAUACAUGCGUGGCUGGCAAAAAUUGUAUCAUCCUAGUUAAGAAUGCCUUAUUUGUUAUCUUUACACGAGUUGUUUCGAAAGAAAUUGCAGUCAAAACUUGUAUUUUUUUAAAACGUUAUUAAAUCUUAGAAUAAUUUUUCAAACCAAUGUAAAUUAGAUUAUACUACGAAAAAUAGUUGGCUUUUAAAUAUCUUGAUAUGAUGUAUCGCAAGGGAUGUAGAAAUUGUAAAUUGCUUUCAAUUUGAAAUUAUUUUAAUUAUUUAUUACAACUAGUAUGAUUUUAAUCACGUAAUAAUUCUCUGUAAUCAACCAAUUGUUCAGUUCAUUGCGUAUAGUCUGCGAAAAUGUACAGAUUAGUAUUCUCUAUAUAGAUUUCUCGUUGAUCAAGGUUCAUUGUGUUUUUUUUACCAUAUACUUACUUCAAAUGCAUUCGUUACUAUAAUGCGAGUAAUCAAGAUGUGCCUGGUCAUAGAUUAUAAGUUACAGGGGGCAUUUUAAUAAUGGCUUGUAUUGAUAUUUAAAACACAGUUGCAAGAAAAGUACAUUAACAUGUCUCUUUUACAUUAUCAACGAUAAAUCAUAAAAGUUACCACAAAGUUAUCAACAUGAAUUUUUAUAUUAUAUUCUUUACUAUUUAUUCUGUAGCAAGCAUGUAAUAUUAUUUCGUUAAAGAUGGUACAUUUAAGUUGUCUCAUGUUCAAUACACGAUAUUUUUGCACGGACAAACGACGUAAUAUGUGUUACUAUGAGAGCGUUAAUAGUGUAAAAAUCAAAAUAUCGAUUUAAUCAAUCUUCAACCCCUACGUAAAAAGAAAUACGAUUAAAAAAAAAAUAGCAAAUUCUGGUGCCAAAUUUUCUACCGAAAACGAUACUCGCAGAGCACCGUACAUUUCUGACAGACAUUUUCUUUGUGUAAAUCAGUUUCAUCGUUAGGUACAGGUGUUUUACAGUGGUACUACUUACGACAUAAGGCUAUAUGGCGAAAGAUUAAAUUUAUAAUUUUUAGAAGGAUUAAUAUUAUAUAGACUAAUAUCGUCUCUAAAGGAUGGAAUGCUUGUGUCAGUGAUUGCUUUGUAAAAUAUAUCUUACUCUGUCCCGA